AAAAAAAAAAAAAAAAAAAAAAAAAAAAAAAAAAAACCCUAUCUAUAUAAAAAACCAUUCUUGUCCUUUAGUAAUUUCAUGGAUCCAAAGUAAGGAACAAAAAGUGUUGGUUACCCUAGAUAUCAAGAACUCUUAUCUUCUCUCAAAUCUCCAUCUCUCGAAAUCUUUAGAAGAAGAAGAAAAAAAGUCAAGAAUGGCACUAAGUAAUAAUGUCAUAGGGUGCAUUAACUUUGUAGCCAUGCUUCUUUCAAUUCCAGUAAUCGGUGCUGGAAUUUGGCUAGCAAUGGAAACUGACAACUCUUGUGUCAAGAUUCUACAGUGGCCAGUUAUUAUAUUAGGAGUUCUCAUUUUGGUUGUAGCACUUGCUGGUUUUAUUGGAGGGUUUUGGAGAAUUCCAGCACUUUUAAUUUUCUACCUCAUUGCUAUGCUUAUUCUCAUAGUUUUGCUAGCCUGUUUGGUAGUUUUUAUUUACAUGGUCACUAUUAGAGGUUCUGGCCAUAUGGAACCAAGCAGGACAUAUUUGGAAUAUCAUCUUGAGGACUAUUCUGGCUGGCUUAGAAGGAGAGUUCAAAGUUCUUACAAGUGGGAUAGAAUUAGAAGUUGCCUUAGCUCCACAACAAUGUGCGCUCAAUUGAAUCAGAGCUAUAAAAUGGCUCAAGAUUUCUUUAAUGCCCCUCUUAGCCCUAUGCAGUCAGGGUGUUGUAAGCCACCAACGCAAUGUGGGUACACAUUUGUGAACCCAACAUAUUGGAUUAGCCCAAUAAACAAUGCAGCAGACAUGGAUUGCUUGAAUUGGAACAAUGACCAAACACAACUUUGCUACUCUUGUGAUUCUUGCAAAGCUGGAUUGUUGGCUAAUUUGAAGAAAGAAUGGAGGAGGGCAGAUAUUAUUCUUCUCAUUACUCUUGUUGGAUUAAUUUGGGUUUAUUUGAUUGGGUGUUGUGCUUUUAGAAAUGCUAAAACUGAAGACAUAUUCCGUAAGUACAAGCAAGGUUAUGCUGAUACUAAUUAGCUUGUACGUACUUAUGACAAGAGGCAGAUCCGGAAUCUUGAGUCUGUGUGAUCAUUUUAUAUGUAUACAUAUUUUGAACUGAAAACAAUUGGUUCAAUUGAACUCGCCCGAGAUGUCUCUACUUAUGAGUUAUGUUAAUUUGAUGUAUUAGAAGAACAGCUAGCUGUAAAAUGUGGGAUUUAUGGAGGGUGAUUUUGAUUUCUAUUGAAUUUGUAAAACAGAAGAUUU